AUGGUAAUGCAGUUUGCUAAGCUCUUGAACUUGUUCUUAUUGUGUGCUGGCGCUGUACGGCAAGAAGAUCGUCAUGGAGCGCUUGUGACUGAUAGUGCAAGGUCGCAGGGACAGGGCAAUGAGACAGUUGCAGGUCCCUGCAUGUAUUUCGUGAACAAGGCCAACUUCCCUGUGGCAGUGUCCUUAGAACAUAUCGGUCCUCUGCACUAUGUCAACGUCCUGGAACCUGGGCAGCGAUGGCGUGCCUAUUGUGGAGUUGUGUGGUUCACCGUGAGGGCGCAAGCUAAGUUUGAAAGGGCCCAGCUCUUCAACGGCUGGAGUGUGGCCGAGCCGAUCGUUGGUGUGAUUGGUGACGCGCUCACGGCUGGUGUCAGUGCUGUCGGUAAGCUAGGGACGAAGCUUGCGACUAAACUGAGCGAGAAAACAGUGGAAAAUGUCCUGGAGCGCGGUAUGGGGCUCAAGCACGGCGUCUAUGCAAAUGGCAAGGUCUUUCAUGUCACCGGCCACUUCCGUGUCGACAGGGUCGAAUCUUCAGGAAUGCUCGUUGGCUCAAUGGAUGAAGCAGUUGGGCUGAAGCAGGUGGAGUGCCAGCUAGGCUGCAGCAGGUGCGGCUACAACUGGUAUCAGAGUCAAUGGCAAAACGGUUUGCCAUCCCGUGAUUUCCACAAGUACUGUGGAUGUUGUGGAGGAAGCCAGGCUCAGCAAGACGACUGCAAAGAAGUCUGCGCAGGCGCGGCGGGGCUGAUCUCUCGGCCCGCCUGCGAACUGGGCUGCGAGGGCACCUGCGGCUACAACUGGUACCAGGAGAAUUGGAAGGAGAACCACCCUACCCAGCAUUACUACAAGUACUGUGACUGCUGCGGGGGCUCCCAAGCCCAGCAGAAUGUUUGCAAGGCCGCUUGCACGUCCUGA